GAGCGGCCCAAAAGAACGUCACAUGUCGCGGACGAUAACAAAAGAUGGACAAAUAAAUUAGAUAGCGUUUAUUUGAGUAAUAAAGGCACGGUAUAAUGACUGAACUAAAUAUUGGGGUUCAUUGUUCUCAAAAGGAUUGCAGACAGUUGGAUUUUCUACCCAUUCAUUGUGAACACUGUGACCGUGUCUUUUGUAAAAUUCAUAGUUCAAUUACUGCACAUAAUUGUCCAAUUUCAAGUUCAACCUACAAAUGUCAUCAAUCUUCAAGUCAAUUUCGUUCUGAUGAUGCUAAUGAUAAUAUCUGCGAUUAUCAUUUAUGUAAUGAAAGACAACUAGUACUGUUAUCCUGCGAUGGAUGUUAUGGAAAUUUUUGUACCAGUCAUAAACAAAAGGAGGUUCAUCAAUGUUCAAGUUUGACGCAAUCGCUUCAUCAACUGGAUAAAAUUCAACCAGUUAAAACUGUUGAUCGUACUGCAUUAAAUGAUGAAUACUUUGCUACUGAUUGUAGACAAAAUCAAAAUGAUAUUGUUUCAAAUUCAUUGCUUGAUUUAAAUUGUUCACUCAAACAACAUGUUGGAGAAAAUUGUUUUGUUGAAGGCCAAUUGUUACAGAUUGUAUGUUUACCACAAUCGUAA